UAGUCUCUUGAGUUUUGCUAUAAAAUUGCUUGCUUUGCUGGAGAAAGGCAUAGUUUUCUUUGACUACAAUUGAAGCAAAAUGUUCAAGCUUACUUUCGCUGUUUUGGCCGCCGUCCUCUUGGUCGCUCCUGCCUUCGCUGAGGUUUACACUCGUUGUUCCUUGGCCAAGGAGAUGUACAAAUUGGGUGUGCCCAAGAAUCAAUUGGCUCGCUGGACUUGCAUUGCCCAACAUGAGUCCUCCUACAAUACCAAGGCUGUUGGCUCCUUGAACUCCAAUGGCUCCCGUGACUAUGGCAUCUUCCAAAUCAACAACUACUACUGGUGCUCUCCUCCCUCUGGUGCCUUCUCCUACAACGAGUGCAAGAUCAAGUGUGACGAUUUCUUGGUUGACAGCAUUGAACCCGCCGUCAAGUGCGCCCAAUUGGUAUUGAAACAACAAGGAUGGACUGCCUGGUCCACCUGGAAAUACUGUGACGGUACAUUGCCCAGCAUUGAUGAUUGCUUUUAAAUUUGAUAUUGAA